AUGUGCGACAGCCCCGAGGCCGGGGUCAUCCCCAUCCAGACCCUCAAGGCCUACGUCAACGCCACCGUCACGAUGGCGGAGCAGGAGUUGAUGGUGCUGAGCUGUCAUAUCUGCCGGGAGUUGGUUUGUAAGGCCUGCGUGCACUGCAACGCGGAGCUUUCUCCGGCGAUGGGGUGCAGCGUGUCGCGCGGGACGUGCGGGCACUAUUUCCACACCCACUGUGUGAAGCCCUGGCUCGAGCGAGGCCGCCCAAACUGCCCGCUCUGCAAUGAGGCGUGGCAGGAGGAUCGGGUGAUUAUCUUUUAAGUUCGUUCUUCGUGCAUCGGCAGCGGCUUCUUUGGUAUUGUUAUGGUUAUUUGCAUGAGACUAAAGGUGCAGGCUGUGGCGUGCAGAAAAGGUGGUGGUGGUGAAUUAUGAGAGGUGAAACAGGAGCACAACGCUGUUUGGCCUUCUAAAGGGUUGAAGCUGUGGUUAUUGUGAAAUAGCGAAUUUUUUAAA